AUGCUGUCAACGUUUCUUGGUGCGGCUUCCUUGUUGGUGGUGACAGGCCUGCAGCCGGCAUCUGUGUUGGCUCAGGAUCCUGAGGGCUGGUACAAGGCUCACCCUGGUAUGCCCCGUAUCAGCCAGGUGAAUCAAGAGACGCAUCAGAUUGUGGACGAGUUUGGGCGAACGCGGUUCUUCCACGGAACCAACGUCGUGAUGAAGGAACCGCCAUGGUAUCGGCCAAUGGAAUGGGUGCCGGGGGUAUCGUCGUUUGGCGAGCAAGAUGUCAAAAUGUUGCACGACUUGGGCCUGAACGUGGUGCGACUGGGACACCACUGGGCUGGCGCAGAGCCCGUGCGUGGCCAGUACAACCAGACGUUUCUGGACAUCAUGAAGAAGCAGACGAAGCUGGCGGAGGAACACGGACUGUAUGUUUUGGUGGAUGUGCACCAGGACUGCCUGGCUCGACAGUUUUGCGGCCACGGCGCACCUGAUUGGUUCGCCAAAAGCGACUGGGUAUCAAAGGGAAAGAUGUAUCCGUUUCCCCUCAAACUGACACCGUUUCCCGUGGAUGCGAAUGGCUUCCCCACGCCCCAGUCGCUCUGCAGCACCGUCGACUGGGCGUUGAGCUACACGUCUGUAUCGCUCGGCAACGCAUUCGGGAGGCUAUACAACAAUUACGACGGCCUGGGAGACGCAUUCGCAGCAUACUGGAGAAAGUUAGCGUCACAGUACGCCACAACGACCAACGUCGUCGGAUACAACCUGCUGAAUGAGCCCUGGGUUGGCGAUACCUGGGCUGAUCCGACGCUGCUUGUGCCGGGGGUUGCGGACCACAAGGCCAUGGAGGGGCUCUGGAAUCGCGCGGCGACCCAGAUUCGCACCGUGGAUAAUGACACGCUUAUUUGGUUUGAGGGCGCUACGCUGGAUAUCUUGUCGGGCUUCAACAAUGUCCCUCUUUCGGACGGGUCCAAGUCGGUGCAUUCGUUCCACUACUACAGCCCGCCGCAGUUGGGUUCCAUCUCCACCACGCUCGACAAUCGCCGCAAGGACAAUGAGCGACUCAAGACGGCUGGCGUGCUGACCGAGCUGACAUUCUGGAUGGGCGACGAGAAGCAGAUGCGGGGCCUGGCCGAUGCCGUGUCGGCAACCGAUGAGAAGCUCUUCUCGUGGAUCGGCUGGGCGUACGAGAACCUGUACAACGGCACAUCGGGCCAGCCCUACCCUGAGCUGGCAACGCACUAUAGCCGUGCGUACCCCGCCGCAGUCGCUGGAAGCGUCAAGAGCUUCGCCUUCUCGGAGAGCUCGGGCACGUUCCAGCUGCGCUUCACGUCUGGUCCGAGCAAUAAGGCACCGACGGAAGUAAUCUUGCCCGAGUCUCAGUUUCCCAACAGCUAUAGCAUUGAGGUCUCGCCCGUUGGCAGCUUGGUGCCGUAUCGGCGCGACAAGCGGACGUUGGCUCUGUUUACAUCAAGCAGCAUCAAGACCGCCACCGAUAUCUCGGUCAGAAUCACGCGCAAAUAA